GGGAAAAAAAGGUUUCACAGAGAGUUUCAUCCAGGAUAAAAUGAUUUAUUCGGAUCCUGUAGCUGCCAAGUGUCACACAGACGAUCUCUGAUGGGAAAAAUAAAUCUGUGAGUCGCAGUAAACUGCACUCAGACAGUAACGUGAACAUAACCAUCGAUAACAUGUGACCAGAAGCCACAGCGAGAGUCAGAGUGGCGUCUGAAAGAGGAAACGGCACCGCAGUCUGCAAUCUGCUAUCAGAGCUGCUAUCACUGUUUAUGAGAACAUUACUGGAGCUUGUAGUUGGAGUGACUUACAGCCAAAUGGUGCUUUAUCAGGAUGCGGUGCCCGAGUAUCCACUGAUGGACUGAACAUCCUGCAGACACUGAUCGAGUCUCACCAAAGCUUUUUGUUCUCCCUGCGGGGCGCGAUGGAGUUUCUGCUCCUGAUCUUUCUCUUUCUCCUUGCACCUGUGCUGCUGCCAGCCUGGUGCCAAACCAUCAAUGGAAGCAUUGGAGAGACGCUCCUUUGGCCGUGCAUGCACAAACUUACUAAGAGGUUUGUCCGUGAGCAAACUUACAUCUACUGGCAGGGGAUGGACGGCAGCAGCAACCCCACUGUGGCCCACGUCUAUGUGAAGGGAGAAGAAGACUUUCUUUAUCAAAGCUCAUCCUUUCAGAACAGGACUGCAAUCUUCCUUUCUCAAUUAGAGGAUGGAAAUUUCUCUCUCCUGAUUAGAAACCUGAUGCUGGACCACGAUGGGACCUUCAUUGAAGUUGUUUUUAUUUCAGAUGACUCAAAGGAGAAUAUCUGUCAGAAGACCCUGCAUGUAGCAGCGGUCUUCCAGGAACCAAACAUCGAGCUAAGCCAGGCCUCAGCAACCUGCAGCACGGCGGGGGGCUAUCCUGAACCUGAGGUGACAUGGCUCUCCACAGACGACCAGGGGAAUGAAACCAUCCUGGAGCCACUGGAAGUAAAGACUGAUAAUAACACCAGGAAUGGAACAUUCAGCGUCUUCAGCAAAGCCAACAUCAGCGGAUUAAAAACUGUAACGUGCAGAAUUUGUAAUCCCACCUCGGGCGAAUGUCAGACAACAACUAAAGACGUCUCACCUGCCAGGACUUUUAUUACAGGUGGCAUCGCUGUCAUCGUCAUCGUUACCGUCAUCGUGGGGAUUAUCAGCAUCGCUCUUUGUGUGUUCUGUCAAUUAAAUGGAAGAAGAACCUCCACAGGAUGAAGGUCUUUCUGUUUGACUGUGGACGUUAGAGGAACUCACAUUUGUGGACACGAACACUGUCAGAGUAUUUUUGUUUUUAAAGGUUUUGUUAUUCAUAUAAUAAUCAGCUAAGAGUGUUUAUAUUUCUGUUCUGUACUCAACCAGCUGCAUAUUUUAAUUGCUGGCUCCCUAUUUUAUAACGGAAACUGUUUGCCUUCACAUUGUCACUGUUUGCCUUCACACUAGCAGGAAACCGCCACCCACGAGUAAGAAACAACCUUGUAGAGAACACGAAGUUUUUUGAUAAACCACACCUGUUUUCUUGACAAAAUAAGGAUGAU